UGCUUUCACGCUUCCAAUGGUGCUAUUCCACAUGAGAUUGGACAGCUUACCAAUUUACUAACUUUGUCCAUUGAUUCGAACAAGUUGGCGGGCUCUUUACCGUCGACCCUUUUUAACAUGUCUUCUGUGAAGUAUAUUUCAUUGAGUCAUAACACACUAAGUGGGACAUUGCCAAGAGAAAUUGGUAACAUGAAAGAGCUCCAAGAAUUAUACCUCAUCAACAAUACUUUAACCGGUGUGAUUCCAGAAGAGAUUGGUGGACUAGAUAAAUUAGUUGCAUUAUACAUGAAUCGCAACAAGCUCAUCGGCCCUUUGCCUCGAGUCUUCAAGUUGAAAUCACUUACAGCAUUAUCUCUCAACAAGAAUGCUUUGACUGGUAUGAUUCCGGGGGAGUUGUUCACUGCCAAUAUUAAGAGUAUUGAUCUCUCCGAUAACCAUUUCCAAGGUUCCAUACCGCCAGCUAUUGGAAGAUCCCUCAACUUAACUUAUCUCAACGUGGCGAAUAACAAUCUCUCCGGUUCUAUACCUUCCACCAUUUGCAAAUUGAGAUUCCUUGAAUUCCUUGAUCUAUCCAACAACCACCUGCAGGGGCCACUUCCCAAGUGUUUAGGAGAGCUGAGUAAAUCCUUGCAAGUUCUGCAUUUGAAGUGCUUGAAUUUGUCUCGUAACAAUCUCAAUGGGAAGAUACCAUCAUCUAUUGGAAAUGCGAAAGGAUUGGAAUCAUUAGACUUGUCUUCAAACCGAUUGAAUGGAGAGAUUCCUCAGCAGUUGACAAUGUUGAUUUUUCUUUCUAAGUUAAAUCUAUCGGUGAACGAUCUUGUUGGAGAGAUUCCUCAAUCCGGCUGGUUUGGGAAAUUUGAUAAUACCUCAUUUAUUGGGAACCUGGGAUUAUGCGGAUUUCCACUGACUAAAAAAUGCAAGCAAGUUAUCAGGUCGCCUCCUCCAGAACGUGAGGAUUCUAAUUUUGUGGAUGAAUUUGGUUAGUGACUGGUGGUUUUGGGUUAUGGAUGUGCUUUCCAGAUGGAAGUUUUGAUAAGUUGUUUUCUCUACAAAAACGACAACUUCCAGGGCAUUAGCAUCCGGGACAAGAUUUGGGUUCGGACCACAAAUCAUGUGUUGUGGUCCCGGCCUGACAGCGUAGCAGGAGUACGGGCAGGCAUACGGCCGCCAACGCGGUGUGAGGCUGCUGUCCGAGCUUGGCAGCGUUGCAGGAGUAGGGGUGUGGCGCAAGCCGGGGCAGGCCAAGGGCCACCAACGCGGUGUGAGGCCGCUGUCUCUGCCUGGCAGCAUUGUAGGAGUAGGGGGGGUGUGGAACAAGCCAAGGCAGGCCUAGGGCCGCCAACACAGUGUGAAGGCCGCGUCUAAAACGUUGUCUGGUCCCAAAUGCGGCAUGUAAUUUUUGGAUUGUAAAUUAUAUUUUAAAUUAAUUUUUGGAUUGUAAAUUAUUUUUAAUCCAAAAAUUUAUAAAUUUCAAUUAUGUA